CCGUCUCCCCCUCCCAUGAACUUCACGUCGACAGUGCCGCCAGCACCGAUGGGGCCAGCCAAGGUCGACCCAGCGGACCCCGAGUUCGAAGUCGUCCCCGACGAUGAAGCCCUCCGCGAGGGGCGGGUUCACGAGCUCGCGCGCCAGAUGAGCCACCUCUCGCGCACGCACAGCGAGGUCGGACAAGUGAACCCGUUCAUCGACAACAGCGACCCCCGGCUCGAUCCCAACAGCCCUCAGUUCAACGCACGUCUGUGGACUAAAUCCCUCGUUUCUCUUGCUUCUCGCGACCCCGACCGUUACCCGCGCCGCACGGCCGGUGUCUCGUUCAGGAAUCUGAACGUGCACGGCUACGGCACCCCCACGGACUACCAGAAGGACGUCGGCAACAUCUUCCUCUCCGCGUUUGGUUCGUUCAGCCGCAUGCUUGGCUUUGGCAAGAACAACGUCCAGAAGAUCCAAAUUCUGCGCGAGUUUGACGGUCUAGUGAAGAGUGGGGAGCUGCUCGUUGUUUUGGGACGACCGGGAAGUGGCUGUUCUACAUUCCUCAAGACGAUCUCCGGCGACACCCAUGGCAUCUACGUCGGCGAGAACUCCGACGUGCAAUACCAGGGCAUCUCCUGGGAAACCAUGCACAAGGAGUUCCGCGGCGAGGUCAUUUACAACGCCGAGACGGAAGUCCAUUUCCCCCAUCUCACGGUCGGUGACACUCUGCUCUUCGCGGCGAAGGCCCGCUGCCCUCGCACUCGUAUCGAGGGCGUCUCGCGCGAGGAUUACGCUCGGCAUAUGCGCGAUGUGGUUAUGGCGAUGUAUGGUCUGAGCCAUACCGUGAACACGCGCGUUGGAAACGACUUCAUUCGCGGUGUUAGUGGUGGUGAACGCAAGCGUGUCUCUAUCGCGGAGACUACCCUCUCUCAGGCGCCUCUGCAAUGCUGGGACAACUCUACCCGUGGUCUCGAUUCCGCGACGGCGCUCGAGUUCAUCCGUACCCUCCGCAACCAGACCGAGUUCACCGGCUCGACGUCGCUCGUAGCCAUCUAUCAGGCGUCGCAGUCCGCCUACGACCUCUUCGACAAGGUCAUCUUGCUCUACGAGGGUCGCCAGAUCUACUUCGGCCGCACGACCGACGCCAAGGAGUUUUUCCUCAAGAUGGGCUUUGAGUGUGCGGAACGUCAGACCACCGGCGAUUUCCUGACCUCUCUCACGAACCCGGCGGAGCGCAUUGUCCGUCCCGGGUUUGAGAAGAGCGUCCCGCGCACGCCGGACGAGUUUGCGCAGCGGUGGAGGGAGAGCCCGGAGCGGCAGCAGCUGCUUCGCGAUAUCGAGGCGUACAAUGCGGAGUUCCCCGUCGGCGGCGAGCAGUACGAGCAGUUUCAGCGCUCCCGCCGCAGCCAGCAGUCCAAGUCCCUGAGCGUCAAGUCCCCAUACACGCUUUCCAUUGGCAAGCAGAUCGGCCUCUGCGUCGAGCGUGGCUUCAAGCGGCUCCUGGGCGACAUGACCAACUUCUACGUGACGGUCUUCGGUAACUUCGUUAUGGCGCUCAUCAUCGCGAGUGUGUUCUACAACAUGCAGCCAACCACGGACACCUUCUACCGUCGCGGUGCUUUGCUUUUCUUCGCCGUCUUGACCAAUGCGUUCGCCAGUAUGCUCGAGAUCUUGACCUUGUACGCUCAACGCCCUAUCGUCGAGAAGCACUCGCGGUAUGCGCUGUACCACCCGUUCUCGGAGGCCGUGGCCAGCAUGAUCUGUGACCUGCCGUCCAAGAUUAUCACCUCGCUCGCGGUCAACCUCACGCUGUACUUCAUGUCCAACCUGCGCCGCGAAGUCGGGCCGUUCUUCCUCUACCAGCUGUUCGCCUUCACCUGCACGAUGACCAUGUCCAUGAUCUUCCGCACGAUCGCCUCGGCAACACGCACGCUCUCGCAGGCCAUGCCGCCGGCUAGUGUCUUCAUGCUGGCGCUCGUCAUCUACACCGGUUUCACCAUCCCGACGCGCGACAUGGUUGUCUGGUUCCGCUGGAUCAACUAUAUCAACCCCAUCGGCUACGCCUUCGAGACGCUCAUGGUCAACGAAUUCGACGGCCGCGUCUUUGAGUGUACGUCGUACGUGCCCAUGGGCCCUGGAUACGAGAACCUGUCCGGCGAGGAGUUUGUCUGCGCGACCACGGGUGCGAUUCCAGGCUCGAGGGUCGUGUACGGCACGGACUACGUGAACACGACGUACAAGUACUUCCGCUCCCACGUCUGGCGCAACUUUGGUAUCCUCAUCGGCUUCAUGAUCUUCUUCUGUGCGACGCACCUCAUCGCGACAGAGAAGAUUUCUGCGGCGAAGUCCAAGGGCGAAGUCCUCGUCUUCCGCAAGGGCCACCUCCCGAAGCGUCGUGGCGCGGACCCCGAGGACGCGGCGGGUGCCGAGAAGUUCACGGACAACAACAGCGUCGGCUCGGACCGCACGGUCGCCGCCAUCCAGCGCCAGACCAAGAUCUUCCACUGGAACGACGUCUGCUACGACAUCAAGAUCAAGAAGGAGGACCGCCGCCUGCUCGACCACGUUGAUGGCUGGGUCAAGCCCGGCACGCUCACAGCGCUCAUGGGUGUUUCCGGUGCAGGCAAGACCACUCUCCUCGAUGUCCUGGCUACUCGCACCACCAUGGGUGUCAUCACCGGCGAGAUGCUCGUCAACGGCCACCCUCGCGAUCGCUCCUUCCAGCGCAAGACCGGUUACGUUCAGCAGCAGGAUCUCCAUCUUGAGACUUCCACCGUCCGCGAGGCCCUCAUCUUCAGCGCCCUCCUCCGCCAGCCCGCUCACGUACCCCGCGACGAGAAGAUCGCAUACGUCGACGAGGUCAUCAAGUUGCUCGAGAUGGAAGCCUACGCCGAGGCCGUCGUCGGUGUCCCGGGUGAAGGUCUCAACGUCGAGCAGCGCAAGCGCCUCACCAUUGCUGUCGAGCUCGUCGCCAAGCCCGAGCUGCUCCUGUUCUUCGACGAGCCGACGUCCGGUCUUGACAGUCAGACUGCGUGGUCCAUCUGCCAACUGAUGCGCAAGCUCGCGAACAACGGUCAGGCCAUCCUAUGCACGAUCCACCAGCCGUCGGCCGUCCUGAUCCAGGAGUUCGACCGCCUGCUCUUCCUCGCUCGUGGCGGCAAGACGGUGUACUUCGGCGAUCUCGGUCGCAACUCGUCCACUCUCACCAGCUACUUCGAGCGCAAUGGCGCGCACCCUUGCCCGCCGGACGCGAACCCCGCGGAGUGGAUGCUCGAGGUCAUCGGCGCCGCCCCGGGCCACACCACGGACAAGGACUGGAACCAGGUUUGGCGCUCGAGCCCUGAGUACCGCCGCGUCAAGGACGAGCUCGCCGAGAUGAAGGCCACGCUCUCGCAGCUCCCGCUUGAGGACAACAACGCCGCCAACCCCGCGCAGGCCGGCAAGCCGCCCAGCACCUUUGCCGCGUCCUUCUGGACCCAGCUCGGCCUCUGCUUCCAGCGCGCGUGGCAGCAGCUGUGGCGCACCCCGACGUACAUCUACUCGAAGCUCUUGCUGUCGACGAUCACGACGCUCUUCAUCGGUUUCUCGUUCUACAUGGCGGAGAACACGCAGCAGGGCCUUCAGAACCAGAUGUUCUCGAUCUUCAUGCUCUUCACGAUUUUCAGCAACGUCGUGCAGCAGAUUCACCCGCAGUUCGUCACGCAGCGCUCGCUGUACGAGGCGAGGGAGCGGCCGUCGAAGACCUACUCGUGGCAAGCCUUCAUCUUGUCGCAGAUCUUGGUUGAGUUCCCGUGGCAGAUCCUGGGUGGUCUGAUCGUGUUCUUCUGCUGGUACUACCCCAUCGGCCUCUACCGCAAUGCCCAGCCGACGGAUACCGUUGCCGAGCGCGGUGGUCUCAUGUUCCUCUUGGUCUUGGCGUUCUUCCUGUUCACGAGCACAUUCGCGCACUUGUCGAUCGUCGCCAGCGAGACCGCGGAGGCUGGCAGCAACGUCGCGCAGCUCUGCUUCUCGCUCUGCCUGUUGUUCUGUGGUGUCCUUGCGACGCGUUCGACGCUCGGCUGGUGGAUUUGGCUCAACCGUGUCUCGCCGUUCACGUACCUGGUCAACGGCAUGCUCACGGUCGGCGUCGCGCAUGCCGAGGUCCACUGCUCCGACAUCGAGUACAUCACCGUGCAGCCUCCCUCCGGCAAGACCUGCGGCGAUUUCCUCGGGCCCUACAUCGAGGCCGCGGGAUCCCAGCUGUCGAACCCGAACGCGACAUCGGACUGCACCAUCUGCAGCAUCUCCUCCACGGAUGCGUUCUUGAAGCAGCUCGACUUGGACUACGAUGAUCGCUGGAUGAACUUUGGCAUCAUGUGGGUGUACAUCGGCUUCAAUGUCUUCGCCGCCAUCGGCCUCUACUACCUCGCGCGUGCGAAGGAGGUCAGCGCGCCUGCGCCCGAGGCCCCCGCGGAGACCCUGGAGAAGUCGGGCUGA